GGGGAAGUUUGAGAGUCAAUGCUGUUCCUGAUCAGUGUUUAGCUCCAAGUUGCUGGUUGUUUCUCCUGGCCUCCCGCUUGCCUGAUGGCUUUUAGCGAGUUACUCGGAAGGAGUCCUGCUUCCUUUGGGCCUUUUUAUUAUUUAGCGUGAGGAGACGGCAAGGGAGGGCAGUUCGGGAGAACUGCGGACGGCGUGCAUUUCCAUUAGGGUCUGUGGCUUGUGAGCAUGGGUACAGAUCAGUUUUCACGAGUACUGCCUGUCAUUGCAAGUUGUUCAGUGGUGUUAGCCGUGCCCUGCAAGGCCAGUCCGAUUCUGGCUGGAUCUGGUCAUGGCAAGGAAGUUUCAUUUGGCUCAAGAGUGAGGCAGAUUUUCAAACUAAUCUAAUUUGAACUCACGUCUAUGAUCUAGACUGGUAAAUAGGUCAUUCAAAUUAAUGUCCAAGGCACAAUGGGAAGUAGAAAAGUGGGUAAAACAGACCCUCACAGACUAAAAGAAAUGUACGUCAGAAAGACAUAGCCCAUUAAGGUAAUAUGAGACGUAGAUUUAACCCACUGACAAAGCCCUUUUAUGAGAUCAAAAACAGCCUUGUGGGACAGGUGGUAUUUGAAUUGGGCCUUGAACCUCACCUAGAUUGUGGAAAGCAGGUGGGAGGAGGAUAGCACUUAAAUAGGAAUAGCAUGGGAAAACGUAAAGGGAUGGAAAGUGCGGGUAUAAUGUAGAGGAGUGGGAAAAGUAGCUUAGAGACAAAUUAUUUUAAAAAAUGUCAGGUUAAGGAAUUUGAUCUAUGUCUGGUAGGCGUUUUGUUUUUUAAGUAGGGCUGGUUCCUCCACCUAAGCUGUUAUUGUAUCCUUUCUUUCUCCUCGGGUAUUUUUUCCUGGCAAUUAGUUCCUGUUCUUGUUGUUUUGAAUUGCUGUCUCUACUGAUUACUUCCCUAAAUUCAGUGAGCAUGCUCAUAUUACUUCCAUUUUUAAACACACGCAAAAACUCGAGCCUCUGUGCGCCGCUACACUACUACUCUCCUUCCCUCCGUAACCAGGCUCCUCAAACCGGGAGCAUACACCUACUUCCCUAAAUCCGCGUUGACUUCUCAAUCUGCUGUAGCCAGAUACCUGUCACCACUGCUCAAAAAAAAAGCAUGAGCAAGGGUCACCAGUAAUCUUGCCAAAUCUAAAUGAGCACUUCGAAGUCCUCUUGACCUGUUUUUAACUUUUAAUCAUAUUAACCACUCCUCGAAACUCUCACCUCCCUUGGCUUUAUGGACACAUUCUCUCACUAGUUCUCUCCCUUUUCUCUAAUUUCUUCCUCAGUUUUUUGCUGCCCUGCUUUUCCUGUGUCUUCUUCCUAGUUUUCUUAAAUAGGAAAGAACUUAUUUAUUGCUUUUGUUUUAUAUAUUGAGGACCAAAGUAAGACUUGCUUAAUUUAAAAGAAAAAAAAAGUGAUGCAGUUAUUACAGUAGUCUCCUAUGAUUCUUCCAGCCUGAUUUCUUCCUCCUUCAUUCCAUUUUCCAGAUUCUGGGAAAUUGUUUUUCUAAAAAUGCAAAUGUUGUCAUGCUGGUUCCCUGCAGGCAGGAUUUUGAUCUCUUGGGCUCUUAAUGCCAAGCUCCGCUGUGAAGCCUUUCGUCUUCCACCUGUCUUCCACCUGAAUUCCGUUCCCUCUGUAUUUCUAUUAUUGUACAUGUGUGCUGAAUUAAACAAACACAUAUCUAUGUAUGAAUGGGAAGGAAUCAUUUUUGUCUUCCUGGCAUGUAGGGAGUUGUAAGAAAAGCAGGAGAGAAUAGAGACAGGAAAAGGAGUUAGAAUACCAUGGUGUUAGUCCUAGCAACAAGGUAGUAUCCAUCUGAAGUAACGGCUCAGCAAAAAGAUUUCCAACUGAUACCAUACAGCGCUCAAAAUGGAUCAGGGCUGUUAAUCGUGUGGACCCCAGAAGCAAAAAGAUUUGGAUCCCAGGACCAGGUGCUAUACUAUGUUCCAAACAUUUUCAAGAAAGUGACUUUGAGUCAUAUGGCAUAAGAAGAAAGCUGAAAAAAGGAGCUGUGCCUUCUGUUUCUCUAUACAAGGUUCUUCAAGGGGUACACCUUAAAGGUAAAGCAAGACAGAAAAUCCUAAAACAGCCACUUCCUGAUAAUUCUCAAGAGGUUGCUACUGAGGACCACAACUACAGUUUAAAGAGGCCUUUGACAGUGGGUGCAGAGAAACUGGCUGAGGUGCAACAGAUGCUACAGAUGUCCAAAAAAAGACUUGUUUCUGUAAAAAACUACAGGAUGAUCAAGAAGAGAAAGGGCUUACGAUUAAUUGAUGCCCUUGUAGAAGAGAAACUACUUUCUGAAGAAACAGAAUGUCUGCUACGAGCACAGUUUUCAGAUUUUAAGUGGGAGUUGUAUAACUGGAGAGAAACAGCUGAGUACUCCACAGAAAUGAAACAAUUUGCGUGUACACUCUACUUGUGCAGUAGCAAAGUCUAUGAUUAUGUAAGGAAGAUUCUUAAGCUCCCUCAUUCUUCCAUCCUCAGAACAUGGUUAUCCAAAUGCAAACCCAGUCCAGGUUUCAACAGCAACGUUUUUUCUUUUCUUCAACAAAGAGUAGAGAAUGGAGACCAGCUCUAUCAAUAUUGUUCACUGAUAAUAAAAGGUAUAUCUCUCAAACAACAACUUCAGUGGGACCCCAGCAGUCACCAUUUGCAAGGGUUUAUGGACUUUGGUCUCGGCAAACUUGAUGCUGAUGAAACGCCACUCGCCUCAGAAACCAUUUUGUUAAUGGCAGUGGGUAUUUCUGGUCAUUGGAGAACACCUCUUGGUUAUUUUUUUGUAAACAAGGCCUCUGGAUAUUUGCAAGCUCAGCUGCUUCGUCUGACUAUUGGCAAACUGAGUGACAUAGGGAUCACAGUUCUGGCUGUUACGUCUGAUGUUACAGCCCAUAGUGUUCAGAUGGCAAAAGCAUUGGGGAUACUUAUUGAUGGAGACAAUAUGAAGUGUACGUUUCAGCAUCCUUCAUCUUCUAGUCAACAGAUUGCAUACUUCUUUGAUUCUUGCCACUUGCUCAGAUUAAUAAGAAAUGCCUUUCAGAAUUUUCAAAGCAUUCAGUUUAUUAAUGGCACGGCACAUUGGCAGCACCUUGUGGAGUUAGUAGCACUAGAAGAACAGGAAUUAUCAAAUAUGGAAAGAAUCCCAGGAAAACUUGCAAAUUUGAAAAACCAUGUACUGAAAAUGAAUUGUGCCGCCCAACUCUUCAGUGAGAGCGUGGCCAGUGCGUUAGAAUGCCUGCUGUCGUUAGGCCUGCCUCGUUUUCAAAACUGUAUUGGUACCAUCCAUUUUGUACGCUUAGUUAACAAUCUGUUUGACAUUUUUAAUAGUAGGAACUGUUAUGGAAAGGGACUUAAAGGUCCUCUUUGGCCCGAAACUUAUAGUAAAAUUAAUCACGUGUUAAUUGAAGCCAAGACUAUUUUUGUUACAUUAUCUGACACUAGCAAUAAUCAAAUAAUUAAAGGUAAGCGGAAACUAGGAUUCCUGGGAUUUUUGCUUAAUGCUGAGAGCUUACAAUGGCUCUACCAAAAUUAUGUUUUCCCAAAGGUCAUGCCUUUUCCAUAUCUUCUGACUUACAAAUUCAGUCAAGAUCACUUGGAGUUAUUUCUAAAGAUGCUCAGAAAGCUAUUAGUGACCAGUUCUCACCCUACCUGCAUGGCAUUCCAGAAAGCUUACCAUAAUUUGGAAACCAGAUACAGACCGCAAGAUGAAGUUUUUCUAAGAGAAGUAAGCAUCCUUGACAUUUCACUUGCUCAAAGGACAGACUUGGCCCUUUGGACCAUUCAGCAUCAGUAUGGUGUCAGCGUUACAAAGACUCCUUUUCACAAAGAGGAUAUUUGCCAAGACUGGUCUGAUUGUUCGCUAAGUGAGGCACUCGUAGACCUGUCAGAGCAUAGGCGAAAUCUCACCUGUUGUGCUGGUUAUGUUGCAAAUAAGUUAUCGGCUCUUUUAACGUGCGAGGACUGCAUCAGUGCCCUGUAUGCGUCGGAUCUCCGAGCUUCUAAAAUUGGGUCACUCUUGUGUAUUAAAAAGAAGAAUGGUUUGCAUUUCCCUUCAGAAAGUCUAUGUCGAGUCAUAAAUAUUUGUGAGCGAGUUGUAAGAACCCACUCAAGAAUGUCAGUUUGUGAAUUACUUCCUAAACAGAAGGAAUUGUAUCUUCAACAGAAAAUAUUCUGUGAGCUUUCUGGGCAUAUUUAUCUUUUUGUAGAUUUAGAUGAGCAUCUCUUUGAUGGAGAAGUGUGUGCCAUCAAUCACUUUAUCAAGUUACUAAAGGAUAUAAUAGUCUGUUUCUUAAAGAUCAGAGCUAAAGAUGUAGCUCAGUAUCCUUUGAAACACCAUUCAGAAAGAACUGAAAUGAAAACUUUUUUAAGAAAACACUGGUCAUCUUUACAGGAUUACAGAAUUUCACGUUUUGCUAAUACCAGUAAAUUCAGGCAUUUGCUAAGUAAUGACGGCUAUCCAUUCAAAUGAGGGACCUAAAAUAUAUUAAAAUUUUUAUUUUAUUAAUAAUUGGUCAACAUUUAUUUUAAAGUUCAACUUACCAUAUUUUAUAAAUUGACUAUUCUGCACAGUGGACAAGUUUGCAGUUCUGACUUACAAGAAUUUUUAAUAAUGCAUUUUAUAAAAUCUGCUCAUACUCUGGUGUGCCCUGCAGCAUUUCAGAGUUACCCAAAAUGGAGAAAGCAGUAAGUCAGUAGGAGCAGACUAGCCAACAGGUGCUGCCUUUGAAUUUAGUACUGUAAGACUGAGUAAUGUGACCCGACAUAACUUUUAAUUGUUCAGUCUGCUUUAAAAACGAGAGAAUAAUGACAACUAAGAGUCACCAAAACCUUGACUCCUUUUAUAAACAGACUACAUUCCCUAAAAGAGCUUUGGUUUACAGCUCAUAAGAAUGUUGACAGGGCCUGCCCGGUGGCGCAGCAGUUGAGUUCACACACUCCACUUGAGUGGCAAAGGUUUUACUGGUUCAGAUCCCAGGCACGGACCUACUUACUGCUUGUCGAGCCGUGCUGUGGGAGGCGUCCCACAUAUAAAAUAGAGGAGGAUGGGCAUGGAUGUUAGCUCGGGGCCAGUCUUCCUCAGCAAAAAGAAAAAAGAGGAAGAUUGGCAGCAGAUGUUAUCUCAGAGCUAAUCUUCCUUAAAAAAAAAAAGAAUGUUGACAGAACACCUAAAAAACCUUGAAUAUAGUUUUUGCUUACAUAUGAAAAUUAAGAUGGGUUUGAAAAUUAGGUUAAAAUAAAAGAUCACAUACCACAAAAAUCCCUUUACCCAGGUACCCUAAAAUACUAAUACUUAGGCUUUAGCAGGCAGAAGGUAAACACAUGAGCCAUGAGAUGGUUCCUUGUGCUGCAACCAAGCUGGGGAAUGUAAUCUGGCAAGUAUGUCGGUGGUAUCAUUUUCACAAUCCAUUGUCCCUGGACUUCAAAAUAUUACUUUUGAAUAAUAGAGUGGAUGUUUACUUGAUUCUUAUUGGAAGAGCCCAAUGCUCAUCAGAGAAUGAGAAGCCUUUAUUUCAACUUCUGAAGUCUACUUGUGUUUAAGGCUAAAAUAAUGAAACAUUUUCAGUGUUGAAUGAAAAUGGAAUUUCAUAGCACAUAAUAAAUUGGAAAAAGAUGGUCGAUUGAGACAACGGGUAUGAAAGUGUUUGUCUUAAUUAUGAAUUGUUUCAGGAAUUUAGGAGAAGCUUAAAUAUCCUGAAGAUGGAAACAUACUAAGGACAGUUUUCCCCAUUCUCUCACACCAAGAUUUGAAAAGAUAAACAGAAAAACAUAUAGGUAUAUGUAUUUUCACAAAUAGGAGUAUAUUACUGGAUAAAGAAGCAACAGGUACAUUAUCACCUGUGUAUGUGCAACAUCUCUUUUUGUCAUUGAGUGAGUGUUCACAAAAUACAGUUAAUCUUAAUGUGAAAACUUAAAAUUGCAAGAGUUUAAUGACUAGGUAAAAGUUGAGGUUGAUUAAUUGAAAUUGCCCUAAAUAGUAUAUUUUGAUGUAUUUGUUUGUUCUACCUCAAACAAAGGCUUAAGUUUUGAAAUGUAACCAGAAUUGUACUACAGUUUAUACAAGAGCUUUUGCUGAGAAAUCUGAAUAUUGUGGGUUUAGUUUUGUUUGCAAUAGAAUGAGUUUAGAUGCACCAAGAUAAAUCUUAUUUAAAGGAAGCCUCUUUGUGAAUCACCACCUUUAACUUUUGCUUAUAUAAAUCCAAGUUUUGUGCCUGAUUUUAUUUAGAACUGGGUUCCUAUCUGUAGUAUCUUACGCUCUUUACUGUUACAUUUGACUAAUGUACUAAUAUAUUCUGUAUGGUAAGAAA